AUGUUCCAACCCCGAAUUGCCCUCCGGGGCAUUCGGUUGCCCUUCAGGUGUUUACCAUCUGUUCCUUCCGUACCAGCUCGCCGAUUUGCUUCCGUGAUAAAUGAACUCGAGACACCUCCAGCGAACUCAUCGACUUCCUCAAUUGACCCCACCGCUUCGUUUGCGCCUCCCCCGACUCGUGAUUCCGCUGGAGUCGUUCUGCGUACCUACACUCCUCGUACUCCUGGUGUGCGACACUUGCGCAGACCUGUGAACGAUCAUCUAUGGAAAGGUCGUCCAGUUCACCGCUUGACUUUUCCUAAGAAGGGUCAUGCCAAGGGUGGCCGUAACAACACCGGUCGAGUUACAGUUCGUCACAUGGGUGGUGGUCACAAGCGUCGAAUUCGUACCGUUGACUUCUUGCGAAUGGAUGCCGGUCCUCACCUGGUGGAACGUGUUGAAUAUGACCCAGGUCGCACUGCGCAUAUCGCGUUGCUUCGCAGUAAAGAAACCUCGAAAUUGAGCUAUAUUCUUGCUGCGGAUGGCAUGCGAGCUGGCGAGACAGUGCAGAGCUACAUGGCUGGUAUUCCGGAGGACCUUUGGAAGAGCAUGGGUGGUACUGUUGAUCCUGGUGUCUUGGCUGCCCGUACUGCGUGGCGAGGAAAUUGUUUGCCGCUGCACAUGAUUCCUGUGGGAACCCCCAUGUUCAAUGUUGGAUUACGAGCUGGAAAGGGUGGCCAGUUGUGCCGUAGUGCUGGAACAUAUGCUACAGUGGUUGCCAAGGGUAGUGGUUCCCGCCAGACAGCCAUUGAGCCCGACCAGUCCAACCCCGAGGAGCCCGAGACCGAGAAAAAGCCUUUGUCUCAGCGUGAGCGUCAGAAGCAAGAGCGCUUGGCCCAACACAUCACGGUCCGUCUGUCCAGCGGUGAGACUCGCCUUCUUCACAAGGACUGCUGUGCCACUAUUGGUGUUGCUAGUAACCCCAACUAUCACUACACUCAGUUGGGUAAAGCCGGUCGCUCGCGCUGGCUCAAUAUCCGCCCCACUGUCCGUGGUUUGGCCAUGAACGCCAUGGACCACCCUCACGGUGGUGGUCGUGGUAAGUCCAAGGGUAAUGUCGAUCCCAAGAGUCCAUGGGGUAUCCCGACCAAAUCCGGUUACAAGACCCGACCGAAGUGGAAGAUCAACAAGGCCGUUGUUGUUCCCAGACCUCGAAACCAAGGCAAGCGCCGUCGCGGAUACAAUUAG